AUGUUCUUUAUUUUUGUUCUUAUUUUGACCAUAAAUGUUGCCAUCAUUAAUGCCGCCGGUGAGUUGAAUUUUGUAUCAAUAGUUAAAAAUUGAAUUCCGAUUUUAUUAGGAUGUCAAAACAUCUCAACUCCUGCUAAUUCGAACCCAGCGUCAAUCCAAUAUUCUCAAGGAGUUUUGAGACAAGCGGAUAUCACCUGCGACGACAAAAAUGGAGCAACUUUUGAAUUGAUUUCUGAUCGCGGUUCACUUGGAGUUGCAACAAAGAAAGCAAAAAGAGCAAUUUGUCGUCUUGGAAGAUGGUAUACUUUGAAUAAGAAUGCAGAUAUGAUGGUUUUCAAAGAAGUUGAAUGUGUUUCACGUGGAAGUAUUUGGGGAUAG